GGGGAAAUGGCGCUCUCAUCCGAUCCGUACGAGCAGAAGCUGUAUUUCAUGUUUCAGUCCCACAGUACCGGCGAUGGUACCGGUGGACUCGAUCGCGAGUCACUCGUCAAGCUGUGCCGUACACUGGAGCUUAAGGAGCGAGGCCAUCUGCUGGUCAAGUGUUUGCUGAUCGGGUCCAAGACGCAUGUCAGCUUUCGGGAAUUUCGGGAAGGACUGCUGCACAUCCUUGGUGGUAACGAGGAUACGAUCGCGACUCCCGGUAGCGGAAUGGAGUCUACGUCGUCACCGUCAACGAUGGCGUCCAAUAGUGCUCAGGAAACGUACGAAGCAGAAGGCUCCGAUCAUCCGGAUCAGCAGCAGACGCAGCAGCACCAGCAGCAGCAGCAGCAGCAUCAUCAUCAAUUAGUGUCCCAACAGAUAGACUCAUAUUCCUCACCAGUUUGUCUUAUGUCUGCGGACAAAGGCAGUCACAUCGUUGGAAGUAAGGACGGAAGCAGUAGUAUUAGUGGUAGUAGUAGUUCAUCAGGAGUGUCAUCCAUAUCCGGCUCGCCAUCAUUCCACACUAUCGGGGGCAACAAUGUGUCAAAUGGUAGCAGUAACAGCAACACACACAAGCACCGAUCGACAGUCCAACGAAAUUCGGUAGUGAAAAACAUUCAACGUAAAGUGGACACUUCACAGCACAACAGCAGCAGUCUUACCAAAGCGAACGAGAAGCAACAGAACGUAAGUCUCUCGGCGUUAAUCGGCCAUGCGAAGCCGUCACCACAGCACGACGAUAUCACGAAGAAGGUGGCGUGCAAUGAUGAUGGCGUUCCGGUGGAUGAUAAUGAAUUCAUGAAUCACCCAAAUCGUACGCUCAAACUCGAACGGAGCGAUUUGCUGGUGGACACGGCUGCAGAAACCUCCGUGCUGGAUGACUCUUCCGAUCGGGAAGUAUCGCCAAAGUUUGUCGUCGGUACAAAGAAGUAUGGUCGCCGGUCAAGGCCACGGGAUGAUGUGAAUGGGCUCGAUUCAUCGUCGCUUUCGUCCAACUCGGACAACGAAUCGGUCAUCGUGAAGCAACCGAUGGAGAAAGAGGAUGGACCGCGGCAAAGUUUCAUAGCCGCUCCCGUUGGUGGUACUGUUGCCUCGUCCAAAGUGCAACGUUCGGCGUCCCAAAGUGACAUCCACGGUUCGAAACGGCGCCGACCGGUAGUCGGAGGAGGAGCUGGUGUGCACCGACUAAAACGCUGUGCCUCGCUACCGACCCACCGGCAACGUCCAGCCACGGUGGAAAGCAAACGGAACACAACCACUACUACCACGAUCACAAUACGCGAGCAGCUGCACAUGGACGACGAGCGCAUCGAUCAGAAGAUUUACUUCAUGAACUUGUCGGAAAAUCUGCGGGAAAUUUGGAACUCGCUGCUGCUCGACAGCGAUCGACGGCAUGGAGAUCUACUGAAUCAAGCACAGCUGGAGGAAGUGUGCGAGCGGGUGGGUCUGCAGAAGGUGCCUGCUCGGUUGGCCGCACAGGAAGUGUUCAACAAGCUGUCGCUGCAACCGAGCGAAGGUAUCGGAUUUGAGGAAUUUAUUGCCCUGCUCGAAAGCAACACCGAUCUGCUGCCGAUGAAUGAAACCAAGGAACUGCAGGUUGACGAUUGUGGUGGUGGUGGUGGUGGACCACAUAGUGGCUGUCCCACGGCCGUUGUUACGGCGGAAGAGAGCACUUUCACACUUGCAUUGCCUCCAGACUGGACAUCAGAAAUAGGAUCUUUGGCAGCUUCAAUCAUCAUCGACAUGUGGGAAUCGGAAGGCAUAGAAACGCCGGCCAAUUUGUUGCAUGAACUGGGUUUCAAUCGGGAUGUGAUACACGUAGCAGAUUUGGUGCAAGCCCUCGAGGAGGAACAUCAGCGGCUUGUCAGUGGGCACCUCAAUAGCAGCACUAUCAGCAACAUCAGUAGCAGUCUCUUCGACGAUGCUGCGCUAAUCGUGCGAGCCUCGUUGGUGCUGCACAAGGCAGAAGUGACCGCACUACGUCAAGCGUUUCAUCAGCUGGUGGAGGAGAAUAAGAAACUGUACGCCGACAACAAAGAGGUUAACCAUCGGGCCGUGCUUCUAGCGCAGGAAGUGGACGAGCGUCACAAUUCGCUAGAAAACUCUACCCGUACAAAAAUUCGCCAUCUAGAACAGCGUCAUCACGAAACGGUAAAAGAACUGACCUCCCAGCUAACCUUCGAGCGGGAGCAACUGUCACAUGCGAAUGGGCUGCUCGAAAAACGCAUCCAAUCGCUGGAAAACGAGGAGGGUAAGCUGAAGGCGGAAAUGUCCCGUAUGGCAGAAGAAAAUGAAGAACUGCGCCAGGAUCAGGAGAACCUUACGAAGGAGAUAACGGACCUGCUGGAGAAAAACAUCAAAUUGAACCGAGAUAUAGCCGAGCUGGAGGAAAACAAUCGCAACGAUUACGCCGACGAUGAUGAGUGUGGUUUUGUCCGUAAGGAUAGCGAAGAGGUACUGGACCUGAUUGAUCGCAUAUCGUUGCUGCAGAACGAAAAUACGGGGCUGCGCGACAAGAACGAUGAGCUCAGUGCCGAGAUUGAAAUGCUGAGCGUGGAGCUUGGGAAGUUCAAGCUCAAGCGGUGCACCGUCGUUUCAGACGAUUUAAGUACAUCGUGCGGGGUGGACGGUACGGCCGGCGGCUCGGCAGCCAUCAAGCGUCGUGGUGAUUCACCGAGCAAAACGCGUCUUUCGGAUGAGAGCCCCCGGUUGGGUAAAUUUCGCCGAUGCAGCAACGAGAACGAUAUCGAAUCGGACUCUUCAUCGGGCGACUGGAUGGCAUUGCAUUCGGAACUUGGACAGAGUAUCCGGUGCUCCAGUGAGGAUCCUGCCGUCGGUGGUGUGGUCGUUCCGGGUUGCGUCGAGCUAACGGGUACGUCGUCCGGAAUUUCGAGCAUGAACGAAUCGUCAUUGAACCGUGACGAUGAAAUCAAAGCGUUGCGUAUGAGAAUCGAAGAGCUCGAAGGACAGCUGAAGGAUGCGAAAAAGAAUGUCGUGCUAGUUGUUUCGCCCACGAAUGAGGAGAUGUCAUCGCAGGAUGCUUCUUCGCCAUCGAAGAAGGAUGACGAGGGUGAAGAGAGUAAAAAACUGAAGGCACGCUGCGACGAGCUCGAAUCCAGCCUGGAGCAGAUGCGUAAAGAGUACGAAGACUGUGAGGAUUACUGGCAGGCGAAGGUGAACGAUGAGCGGCUGCUGUAUGAGGAAGAGCAACGAAUAAACGAUGAAAAGUUUACGGAGCUGCUGAAGAAGGUGGCCGAGUACGAGGAACAGUUCGCGGGCAAUUCGAAGCUGGAAAAAGAUGGCCGGUUGUCACCGAUCGAUGAAAAAGACGGUUUGGAGCAACAAUAUCUCGAGCUGGAAGCAGACUUUGAGCAAGCGCAGAUGGCACUGGAGGAACGGACGGCAGAGGUGGAAAAAUUGCGUCGCAAAAUUCUGGACAUGGAGCAGAUGCACAAAUAUCCUUCGGAGAUGCUACUUUCUCCUUCACCGCGUGUUGAAACACCGGAGGUUGAGGAUCGCCCAGCCAGCUCUCCGAUAAGCUAUCUGUGGAAUCAAAGCACAAUUCAGCGUCCGGUACGUGACUAUCAAAAUCCCAACUGGCGUCCGCCGGUGGUAGUUAACACCAUCUCCAGAGAAUCCGGUGCAUCGACUGAAGACAAGUGCUCUGUAACUGUAAUGGCUACUGUGCUAAAUUCAUCAAUUCCUCAGGACGGUAAUGAAUGCACAGAUUCUUGCACCGACGAGGUGACUGAGUUGGGUGCGUCGAGUUUCGAUCGAGUUAUUUCACCGAUCCAGAAACCAACUAAUGGCGAAAGCUGUGAGGCGAAAGAAAUCGAAGACACAACUCAACACUGCACCACGGUAGUCGUGUUAGAUCAGAUCGAUGCGUCCGAUGCAUGUUCGGUAAAGUCGGCCCGCAGCACUCAGAGUCUCGCUUCAACGCACAGCAUCCAACAUUCUAUAGCCAACUCGGAGGGCAGUGCCAGUGGGAUGCAAGCGAAGCAUAUGCGACUGGUGCAGCUACAGUUGCAGGACGAAAUAAAGGAUCUUACCCACGAGCGGGACUGUCUCAUGAUGGAGUUGCAGCAGCUGAAGGAAGCCAAAUCUGUACUGGCACGAUCGUACGCCAAAACGGCAUCCCAUCCUAAUCAGAUGCAAAAAAUACAGAACCUGGAGCAGAAAAAUCGCCAUCUACAGCUAAUGGUGAAACAGCAGCAGCAGUACACCGAGUCCAUACUGCAUCAAAUCUGGCAGCAGCAGCGCAGUGAAAUCAACGAUCUACGCAACCGGCUGGAAGCGCAGUGUACUGUCAUAUCGGACCAGGCGGCCCGGUUGGCAAACAACGAUAUACUAGUCAAGGAUAUGUACGCAGAAAACUCACAGCUGAUGCUCCAGGUGCAACGCCUCGAACAUCAGUACAAUCGGGCUAACUGGAUGCAGCAGUAUAGCAGCCAGUCCAACUCGUCCUCGGGCAGUCACCAUGGGUUGAGUGGCAUUAUGCCAGGGCUACCAUAG